AUGGAAUUCUCAGACUCUCAUAGAGAAACAGAUGACCCAUGCCCAAGAGGAUCCGAGAUUUUUCAUAAAUAACAUCAUCAGUCAGAGUUGUUGGAUCCUAAUUAAGGUGAAAUAAAAAGAUAUUUAAGUUAUCCUCAAUGGGCAGAGGCUGAGCGUGCGUUUCCAAUGAUGGACAGGAGGGUUUAAUUAAAAACAACCUUAUGUCGAUGCUAGGCUAUCCUAGGAAGCUUAGUACAGGAUGGGGUUGGUUGGGCUGAACAGUUCUUCGAGUUUGGAAUGGAUCAAAGUUGGGCUGCAUGCCAAACCCAGCUUCCCUAAAAAUUCAGGAAGGGGAGUGAUUGGAUUGU